AUGGCAUACAAUUCGUUGACUCAGGUCCCUCGUAACCUCAAGGAGGCUGUUGACUGGUUGAUGGCCUUGAAAGGAACUACGCCUGACGCCAACUUGACGGCCAUGGGUGUUGCACUUCACGAUUUUCUUGCAGAAAUGCCUGUUGGCUUGAAGCGGUUGCAGGCUCUGGAGAAAAUAAAAUCUAUUACUAGGAAGUUCCUGCGGAAUCCGGAGUUAAGUAUUCAGCCAUUUGUGUUUGACCUGCUGAGGAGAUUCAACGGACCUAUGAACAAAACCUACCGAGGACUACGCGGUAACGUGAUGAUUGUGAACGACAGCGAUUACAAGAACUUCAUACAGACUGACCGCCUCCAGCCUCACGACAUCGCAAAUGGUCUAGGCACACUCGUACAUGGCUGUGAGCACAUGUUGGCUAACAUAACAGACCCUGAGGAGUACAAGUCUUCUUACACUUCGGAGGCUUCGUGGGCUGGAUCAUGCCAGGCGGACCCCGAAGCUUGCGCAGUGGUCUUCGUGGGCAUUGCUCCGAUGCUAUACGCGGGUCUACGUUCUUUGCGCGCUGUGGGCAAUGUUGCCACUCAGAACGCGUCAAUGCCUGAUGCGGAUGACCGUAUUGAAGAUGUAAUGGAAGCCCUCGGUUACGUAGCUCCGGAGCGCCGCGGUGAAAUGACUGGUCCAGAAGUCCGCAAGGCGAUGAGGAGUCUGCCUGUGCACACAUUGGACCUAGUCUACGACCUUGCUGGAUUCUGGGCAUUCUACUAA